AUGCGUUCUCCUAAAGCUGAAUGGGCUUCUAAUACUGGCGUGGCGUUCCGUCUGUCUCACGGCAUUGAGAUCACCACUCGACCUCCGAUACCACAGGCUUAUGAAUGGGCAGCAGCCUAUGUGCCCACUGCCGAUCGGCCCCUGCUCGACAUGUCGCAAGGCGUGCCAGGUGUUUCCCCACCUAAGUUGCUGCUUGACGCGCUCGGGGCAACAUCCUCCUCGCCCAUGAGCUGUGGGUACGUCGGGAACGUCGGGGAACUCUCUCUACGACUUGCAGUUGUGGAGGACAUCAAGCAGAAAUACGGUGCAGACGCAGAUGUCACGCCAGACGACCUUGCUAUCACUGCCGGGUGCAACCUGGCUUUCGUUUCUGUCGCAAUUGCCCUCGCGGACGCAGGUGAUGAGAUGAUAUUGCCUGUUCCUUGGUAUUUCAAUCAUGAAAUGUCCCUCACAAUGCUGGGCAUAAAGCCCGUCUCUUUAGAGACAUCUCCAGAAGAUGGCUUCAUGCCCUCACCCGAGCGCUGCGCAGCGCUGAUCACGCCAAAAACUAAAGCAAUAGUGCUAGUAUCGCCAAACAAUCCAACCGGUGCUGUGUACCCGCCCUCCCUCAUACGCGCCUUCGCAGACGUAGCAGCCGCGCACAACGUCGCCCUCAUCAUCGACGAGACAUACCGCGACUUCAUCCUUUCCGGAGCACCGCACGACCUGUUCCUCCCGCGCCCAUCACGGCCCUCCUGGCGCUCCACGUUUAUCCACCUCUACUCCUUCUCCAAGGCGUAUGCAAUUCCGGGUCACCGCCUAGGGAUGAUCUGCGCGGCGCCCGCGCUCAUUACCGCUGUCAGCAUCGCGCUCGACACCAUCCAGAUCUGCGCGCCGCGCCCGCCGCAGCUCGCGCUCGCUCCACUGCUACCCACGCUCCGCCCGUUUGUACAGGAGACAGCGCGUGCAGUGGCCCACCGACACACGCUGUUCAAGGCCGCGCUGCCGCAGCACUGGAAGAUCGGCUCGCAGGGUGGUUACUACGCGUUUGUGCGCCACCCCUUUCGUGGGCGCCGCGCGACAGAGGUCUGUCAAAGGCUCGCAAAGGAACGCGGAGUUGUGUGUCUGCCUGCAGGAAUCUUUGCGCCGAAGAUCGAGGACUGCAGCGCAGGUGAGGACGAGGAACGCUGGAUACGCUUCUCCGUCGCAAAUGUGAAUGACCAGAAGGUCAAGUUGGUGUGCGAGCGGUUGGAAGAAAGCGAGGUGAUGUUCGGGUGGGAGUUGGACACGUAA